GUAAGCCCCGCCCCCGUAUCUGAGCAGCGCUCACUGCGCGUUGUGCGGUUUUUGAGUCGGGCUGCGACGCAGCGAAUUUCAGCACACGGUUUCCAUGAACGGCGCUGCGCACUGAGCGGAUCUGAAAUCACUGCUCACCGGUGGAGACACGACACCUAAAACUUUUCUCCCCAAAGCGCACAAUGAAGCUUUGGCUUUGGGUUUUUACACUUGUCUUGUGUCUGGACUCUACAUACGCAGGAUCAGAGUCAAAUGAGCCAUGUGCAGGGCGUGACUGUACUGGAAAAUGUCCCUGUCCUCCGAUAAAAGGUAGCAGGGGUCAGCCAGGGACUUUAGGGCCAACUGGACCCCCUGGCCCUGAAGGCUUUAUUGGGGCCCCAGGUCCUGUUGGACCUAAAGGAGAAAGAGGGCACGGUGGUCACUCAGGACCAUCUGGACCCAAAGGGGACAAGGGUCCAGUGGGUGUUCCUGGCUUUCCAGGUAUCGAUGGUAUUCCUGGUCACCCAGGAAGUGACGGACCACCAGGACUGCCAGGAGCAGAUGGAUGUAAUGGCACACAAGGUGACCCUGGUUUCUCCAGCAGCUUCCCUGGAAGACCUGGCAACCCUGGACCACCAGGAUUACCUGGCGUCAAAGGGCAAAAAGGAGAGCCACGGCUAAUUUCUACAAGCACGGUUCCCGUUGGUCCUGUUGGUGAACCCGGUUUGCCUGGUCCAGUCGGAUUCCCUGGACCCAUCGGCCCCUUCGGGUUACCUGGUUUCCCUGGACGUCCAGGUCCCCCAGGUCUUCCUGGGCAAAAAGGAAAUCCUGGACAGGGUUAUGAAGGAGAGAGAGGAGAGAAGGGGGAUGUGGGUCUGCCGGGACUCAGGGGUGCUCCGGCUGCUCUGUUAGGCUCACCAGCUAUAAGCACAAUCAACAAAGGAGAGAAGGGUGAUGUUGGCUAUCCUGGUGUUUCAGGACCCCCAGGACCGCAAGGACCUCCAGGACCAUAUGGCUACGGUGGGGAAGUUGGAGAGAAGGGAAUUCCUGGAUUACCUGGUUUGAGGGGUCCUCCUGGCUUUAAUGGACCACUUGGAGAAGAUGGCCCAAAGGGGUAUACUGGGAGCCCUGGCCUCUUUGGAUUACCAGGCACUUCAGGCCCUAAAGGAUACCGGGGAGAGCCAGGUCCACAAGGGCCACCUGCCUAUGUUAAUGAACUAGGAUUAUUUUUAAAAGGUCCUCGAGGAGAUCCUGGUUUUGAUGGCUUACCAGGCUUGACUGGAGAUACAGGUUUACCAGGACCUCCUGGACCUCCAGGUGACCCUGGAUCUUCAUCCUUCCAAACAGGCGGUCCAGGCUUUCCUGGCUUCCCUGGAUCUACUGGACCUAAGGGAGAGAGGGGAGACCCAGGUCUUCCAAGCUUCAGUCCUGAUGGUUCACCUGGAGUUAGAGGGCCACCUGGACCUACUGGAUCACCUGGACCUCGAGGCACAACUCAGACAUCUGUGUUUCCCGGGGACCAGACUGGACCACCAGGCAUAAAAGGCAGCAGAGGUCAACUGGGAGAUAAAGGAGCAAAAGGACUAAAGGGUGAUGUUGGAACUUGUGAUUGCUUUGGUGAAGACAUCUCUGGCAGGAUGGGCUCUCAAGGAGUUCAAGGGCUCCCUGGUUUUGCAGGGCUCAGUGGGAGGAAAGGAGAGGUUGGCGAUAUAGGGCCUUCAGGAUUGCGUGGACCACAGGGGCCAAGUGGUCGUCCUGGAGAGCAUGGCUUUGCUGGGAUUAAAGGAGAGAAAGGAAACUCUUAUUAUGCUGUUAGACAAGGACAGAAGGGUGAUAUUGGUCAGUCAGGGCCUGCUGGUCCUACAGGUGAUAUCGGCCAACCUGGAAGAAAUGGAGCCCCUGGAUUUCCUGGAGCACCAGGACCACCGGGAGAUGCUGGAUUUGGGGUGCCUGGUAACAAAGGAUAUCCUGGACCUCCUGGAUACAAGGGUCGCCCAGGUUCACCUGGUGAGCCUGGCAUUGGUUACCCAGGCAUCCCUGGUGUUAGAGGGUCUCCAGGUGACUUUGGUUUCAAUGGGCUUCCCGGGCUGCCUGGCCCUCCAGGACCAAAAGGACUGUCAGUGCCCUGCAUAAAUCCAGGAGACCCUGGUAAUCCAGGUUUCCCUGGACUGCCCGGAGUGCCUGGCCCGAAAGGACAGCAUGGUCCACCAGGACCAAGUGGAAGGCCAGGUAUUGCUGGGUCAAAAGGUGAGCGAGGAGAUCCAGGCAGUGGAGGUCAACCUGGAGCACAAGGCUUCCCUGGGACAAGAGGAGAUCCAGGUUUACCAGGUACUUCAGCAAAUGGCCUUCCAGGUGCUCCAGGUAAAGAUGGACGACCUGGUUUGCAAGGAACAAAAGGAGAACCUGGUGAGGUUUUAGGGGCAGCUCCAGGGAUAUCUGGACCUCCAGGACUAACAGGAGAGUUUGGAGACAAGGGCCUACCAGGCACUCCUGGUUUACCAGGCAGACAAGGUUUUGAUGGUUCCAGUGGUAUCACAGGUCCAAAGGGUGUGCGUGGUAACAGUGGCUUCCCAGGAACUCCAGGGCCACCAGGUCCACCAGGUGUGAUCCUUUCUGAUGUCACUGGACCUUCAGGGCCUCCUGGCAAUCCUGGAUUCCCUGGACCUCCAGGUUUCCCGGGACUCAAGGGUGAAAGAGGAAAUACAGGACGACAAGGCUUGGGUAGAAAGGGAUUUCCUGGAUCACCUGGAAUUCCAGGAACAAAAGGACAAAUGGGGCGUCCUGGAGAUUCUGUUUCAGGUCGUAAUGGCCAACGAGGAAGACCAGGGGUAAAAGGGGAGAAGGGAUCACAUGGAUUGUUGGGAUUCCCUGGAUCACCUGGACUUUUUGGAGCUACCGGACAGACAGGGCGUAAAGGUCAACCUGGAUUUCCAGGAUCGGAUGGCAUACCUGGAGAAAAUGGGCCCAAAGGUUUUAAAGGCGACACUGGAGAACCAGGCCUACAAGGACCUUCUGCUCCACCCUCUCCAGUUAUUCGGUUAAAGGGGGACAGAGGUGCUCCUGGGCCUACCGGACUACCUGGAUUUCCAGGACCUCGAGGUGAUAAGGGAUUCCCAGGGUUACCUGGUAGUCCAGGCUUUCCUGGUCAGCCAGGAUUGGCUGACCUUGCAAAGGGUCUACCUGGUGAUCCAGGUUUCCAAGGGCGCCCAGGUUCUUCAGGAUUUUCAGGACCUAAAGGUUCACCUGGUGUUUUAGGUUUCCCUGGCAUGCCCGGACCUAGGGGUGAUGAUGGAGUUCCUGGUUUGUUUGGAUCACCUGGUGCUUUAGGAUUGGCGGGAAACAAAGGUCAGAAAGGAGACUCUACUGGAGCACCUGGGGCCCCUGGACGAAAGGGACCGGUGGGAGAUUUUGGAUUCCCUGGUCUCCCAGGCCUUACUGGUGAUCAAGGUUCUCAGGGUUUUCCAGGAAGUUUUGGAUAUCCUGGGCAGAAAGGUCAACCUGGAAGUCCAGGAACACCUGGACAAAGAGGUUCACCUGGGCUCCAAGGCAAUAGGGGUCUACCCGGCUUUCCGGGACCAAGAGGACAGGACGGUGAACAAGGUUUCCCUGGUUCUCCAGGUCGGCGAGGAGAGAGAGGUUUAUCUGGAGCCCCUGGUUUAGAUGGACUCAAUGGACUUUCAGGGGCCAAAGGACCACCAGGAGUACCUGGUGGAGUAGUGAGCGGUCAGUCUGGAGCCCCAGGAUUGAAUGGACUUAAGGGAGAAAGAGGCUCAUCACUGCCUGGAUCACCAGGAUUUCUUGGAGUAAAGGGAGCCAAAGGAGAUACUGGUUACCCUGGACAGCCCGGCUUCCCAGGUCCUUCAGGUCCUCCUGGUUUACCAUCUCUUCCUAGUGGCAUCCUUGCUCCACCAGGAGAUGCUGGUCUACCUGGAUUAGAUGGUGAAAGAGGUCUUGUUGGACCCACUGGUCCUCCUGGUCCAGCUGGCCCUGGAACAGAACAGGGUGACAGAGGAGAUCCUGGAUUUCCUGGAACACCUGGAAUCUCUGGGAAAACUGGCGAACCUGGAUUUGCAGGAGAACGUGGGCCAACUGGCAACCCAGGAUUUAAAGGACCGAGAGGUGACCCUGGAGUUAGUGGAUUAGCAGGACGUCCAGGCUUAACUGGAGAUCAGGGAAGAUAUGGUGACAAAGGAGCAAAAGGAACUGCAGGUAAACCUGGUAGCAAAGGCCUUCCAGGAACUGUUUUUCCACCCGAAGUAAAAGAAUUGCCUGCUGGGGUGCCUGGUCAACAAGGACCUCCUGGCCUUCCUGGUUAUACAGGAUCACAAGGCCAACCUGGCUUCCCUGGACGUCCAGGACCCAAAGGAAGGACUGGAUCAAUUGGCAAACCUGGUCGCACCGGUCCACCCGGAAAAUCAGGACACAUUGGAGACCCUGGACUUCCAGGAUAUCAAGGACAUGUUGGUUACACAGGUUCACCUGGUAGGCAGGGACAAGCAGGUCCUCCAGGUAUGCCUGGACGUACCAUUGGGAUCGGCUACACUCUGGUAAAACACAGCCAGUCCAGUCAAGUGCCAAUGUGCCCUCAGGGCAUGAACAAGUUGUGGGAUGGCUACAGCUUGCUUUAUGUAGAAGGACAGGAGAAGGCGCAUAACCAAGACCUAGGAUUGGCCGGCUCCUGUCUACCACGUUUCAGCACUAUUCCCUUCCUUUACUGUACAGCCAACGAACUCUGUUAUUAUGCCAGCCGCAAUGACAAGUCCUACUGGCUGUCCACAACAGCACCUAUUCCUAUGAUGCCUGUGGCCAAUGAGCAAAUUGUUUCGUACAUCAGCCGCUGUUCAGUGUGCGAAGCCCCAUCUCAAGCUGUGGCCGUACACAGCCAGGACAUCACUAUUCCCCCAUGUCCACAGGGGUGGAGGAGCCUGUGGAUUGGUUAUUCAUUCCUUAUGCACACGGCUGCAGGGGCUGAGGGAGGUGGCCAGUCCCUCGUUUCCCCUGGUUCCUGUUUAGAAGACUUCCGUGCAACACCUUUUAUUGAAUGCAACGGUGCUCGGGGCACCUGCUUCUUCUUCAACAACAAACAUAGCUUCUGGCUAACUACUGUUCAACCAGAAAGGCAGUUUACAAAAAGUCCUGAUUCAGAGACACUGAAGGGAGAUCAGUACCGUGGCCGCGUCAGCCGCUGCCAGGUCUGCAUGAAGAUCUUGUAACCUGUGCACACUCCAGGAGAGAAAAGGGGACUUUUAAAUAAAAGAAUAGAAAACAAGAAAUAAGAAAGCAAAAAUUGUUUGACUGGUUGAGUGACUGUAUGAGAGACUCUAUUCAGGGUGCCUUUUGGAGCCUUCUACAAGGCCAUGGUUAGGAGCUCCAAGUAAAGAUUUCUCUUAUUUCACUUUUCAACAUUGGUGCUAUCAGAAACUGCAAUGUUUUAUUUUUAUUUUAACUACUCAAACUUUGUAUUACAUAUUCAUGGCUACCUCGGAGAGUGUGUCCCAAAUCCCCGGUGGAAAGCACUGGAACAUUAAUGUGAGACUGAUUUGUGAGAUUUUGAAAUCUUGUAAGCCAAAAUCUUGUUCACUUUGUCAAAAAUGCGGUAGCCGGAAACGAUGAUGACAAAUGGAACAAAAUAUAAUAUUUUUUUUGUUUAUGAUUAGGAAAGUUGGCAAAUUGGCAUACCAGCACUUUGUGGUGUACACAAAUGAGGAAGAUUAUGGCUUGUGGUUAACACUUGAAAUUAUAAUACUUUCUAUCUCCUACACAUGUACCCUUAAAGUAUUGCACUGAAAUGAAUAUCUGGGAAAAAAGAUAAGAAUCUUAUCAACUGUAGAAAUUCCAGUUUUACCUACAAAAGUCUCACAUAAUUAAACACUAAUAAAUAGACUUCACUCUUUACAUACAGAAAAAAAAAUAAAAAUAAAAAAAAAAAUGUAAAAAUUUUCAAAUUAAAAAUUAAACUAAAAACUUAAAUUAUUUUAAUACUCCUAGUUUCCAUUAACUUUUCUACAGUGUUACCUAGAAGAAGCUAUUCAGCUGAGCAGAACAUUUGCAUAUUAGAUAUUUACUACUUUCCACAUCCAAAAGUAUACCAGAAAUAUUACUGGGAAUGUCUGUUGUCUUUGUUAUUAUUUAGUCUUUCUACAGUCUCUAAAAGCGACAGGCUAAUAUAUAACCACUAUAUUCAUUAGCUUCUUAAGCUCUCUUUGGUAGCCUUGUGUCUUCAUUAUGGAUUCAUCUGUAAAGUGUCAAAACUGUUAAAUUGCAGUUUCAUCCCAUGGUAAAAAAGAAACAAUUUAGUAAAAUGCAAAAUGUUGGUGUAUGAUUUGUACAUUAAGGAUGGUUUAUAAAGGCAUAUAUAUCUUGAUGUGUAUAUUAUAACAGUAUUUGUAUUUUUCUUACACUGAUUUACAUGUAAUGAGUUAAAUACAGUUUUCCCUAAUAAACAUAGCUGGUUUUCCA